AUGGGGGAACCAGUAUUACAGAUUAGUGAAGUUAGUGAGAAUGGAACGAACUGGGAGGCUUGUUUAAGCAUAGUUCACGACAAGUUCACGACGAGUUCACGAAUGCGUGCCCCUGCUCUAGCCAUUGUUGAAGAGCAGCAGAAAAGGCAGGCAGAAGAGCAAGAAAAGGCAACCCCACCUCGAAGAAAGACACAAAGGAAAGUGUGGGUCAUUAAAUGGUUGACCAGAAGGCACGAGUUUGGACAGUAUGACAGUUUACUGAUUGAACUCCACAAGGAAGAUCAAAGGGGCUACAGAAAUUACCUCAGAAUCACACCUGAACUGUUCCAAGAAAUGGUUGCGAAGUUAACCCCUCGCCUCCAGAAGCAGUCCACCUUCAUGAGGGAACCGCUUCAAGUUGGACUAAAGCUGGCUCCUAUCCAAGUCUGCAGUACAGCUUCAGGGUUGAAGAAAGUACCAUCUGCAAGUUCAUACCUGAGGUGUGUAAAGCCAUCAUCGCGGCCCGAGACUGAAGAGGAGUGGAAGGAAGUUGCUACCAUGUUCAGCACCAGAUGGAGCUACCACAACUGUCUGGGGGCUGUGGACGGCAAGCACAUCGCCAUGAAGAAGCCACCCAAUGCUGGCUCUUACUACUACAACUGCAAGGGCUUCCACAGCAUUGUACUAAUGGCAGUGGCAGAUGCUACCUACAAGUUCCUCUAUGUGGAUGUUGGGGCAGAGGGUGGUGCGUCGGGUGAAGGAACAUGGAGUAACUGUUCACUGCAUGAUGCUGUAGAAGAGAACAGAGCUGGAGUGCCUCAAUCAGAACCACCCACUAAUGAUGACCAGCCAGUGCCCUAUCACUUCGUAGGGGAUGACGCCUUUGCUCUCCGAACCUGGAUGAUGAAACCAUACUCCCUGCACCGACUCGAGCGCCACUGUCGUCCAGUAGUCGUGAACUGCUCGUGA